AUGUGUCGCGCGGGCGCCUCCCCCGCCGAAGCCCGCCGGGGCCCGAGGCCGGCCCCUGAGCCCGGGCGUUUCCCCGCCGCCCGCGCCCUCCCGCGGCUCCCCCGCGUGCCCCGGGUCGCCUCCGCCGUCCGCCGCCUCGUCUUCCUCGCCGGGCCCCGCGCCGCCGCGCCCGUCCUCCGCACCGGCGACCGCGCCCCCGUCUCCCCAUCCGCCGCCGCCUCCUCUCCCUCGCCGGAUCCGGUCGACCCCGCCCCGGCGACCUUCCCCCAUCCACUCCGGCCGCCGCGCCGCCCGUCUCCGACGAGCUCCGGCCCCGCCUCGACGUCCGCGCCUCGAUCCGAACCCUAG